UGGUUGUUAAUGAUACCUUACAGGUGCAAGGAAGGUGCAGAGAUGGUGGAAGUAUUUGUCAUUGAUUAAUUUUCAUGAGACAGAAAGUUCACUUUGCCUAUUGAGUUUACCAAAAGUAUUUUUUUUCGCUUUCACACAGUUUAAAUCUUCCAGCAGAAGAUUGAAUUAUUUUUUAGUGCAUCUCCAUGCACAAAUACUAGUGUUUUCUUUUCUAUGGACAACUUGAUUCCUAAAGUGACAAAACAACCACCACUUUAGGACAGCCACACUAUAAAAAUGUUUCUUUCAUUCCAUUCCAUUCCAUUCUACUUUCUGCUUAUUCAUUGGGACUCUUUACAACUCUCGUACAGGGGAUGAAGAAAAUUGUACUUAAAUUGGAGCUAAAUGAUGUCAAGGAUAAGCAGAAGGCCAUGAAGGCUGUCUCCAUCCUUCAAGGGAUUGAUUCAAUCAGAAUCGAUACGAAUGCGAAAACAAUGACAGUGAUCGGAUCGGUUGACCCCGUGAGCGUCGUCACAAAACUGAGAAAAUUUUGGCACACAAACAUAGUCUCAAUUGGACCUGCCAAGGAGGAGAAGAAGGAAGAGCCAAAGAAGGAGGAAGCAAAGAAGGAAGAAGCAAAGGAAGAGAAGAAAGAGGAGGCCAAGGAGGAGUCCAAAAAGGAAGAGAUCAAAGAAGAGGCCAAGAAAGAGGAGGCUAUGAAGGAGGUGCCCAAGAAGGAGCCCCUCGAGUCACAAAUGACACCAGAGUUUGUGAAUCCAUACAAAUUUUACUACUAUCCUCCCAUGAACUACAAUCCUUACCCAACCGCACAGUAUUACUAUGUUCCCAGUGCUCAGGACAAUCCAAACUCCUGCAACAUCAUGUGAUCAACAGCAACAAGAGAAGAUGGCCGGCCACUCUGUAUUACUUUGGUAUGAAGCUGGGCCAUUGCAACAGAGAAUUGUAGCAGUGGACAUCUAAAGGUGGAGAGAUUGUUGUAAUGAUAGGAGAAUAAGUGAGGUUGUAAUUAGUGUAAAUCUCAAUGCUGAAGCUUUUCAGCAGAAAUGGACUUCGAGUAGUGUAUUGUUGGGAUA